AUGAUUUCCGUCGGAUUUUCAGAGAACCCGGACCGAGGGAGCAGCGAGGCCGCCUCGAGGACGAGUCCGGCGAGCGCUUCCAGCAACUCCGGGACGACCCCGACCACGACCCCGACCCCGACCCCGACCCCGACCCAAACCCAGACUCAGCACCGGCAGAGUCCCACGGGGUCCAGGCCGCAGCACCAGCAGCAGGGCCCGCCCCCCGCUCGGAUGGGCAUCUCCACCGAGGAGGCCGUAAGGCCCGAAGAGGAGGGGGCCCAUCCCAGGGCCGCCCCCACCAGUCCCGAAAGCGAAGCGGAAGUCGACGACUUUGCCCCCAAGAGGAAGCAGCGGCGCUACAGGACCACCUUCACCAGCUUCCAGCUGGAGGAACUGGAGAAGGCCUUCUCCAGGACCCAUUAUCCCGACGUCUUUACCAGGGAGGAACUCGCCAUGAAGAUCGGGCUGACGGAGGCGCGCAUACAGGUGUGGUUCCAGAACCGGCGAGCCAAGUGGAGGAAGCAGGAGAAGGUGGGCCCGCAGGCGCACCCCUACAACCCCUACCUGGGGGCGGGCGCGCCCCCGCCGUCGGCGGUGGUGGCGCCGACCCUGCCCAACCCUUUCGCCCACCUGGGCACCUUCGCCCUGCGCAAGCCCUUCGACGCCUUCCGCUAUCCUCCCCUGGGCCACGGCCCGGUCCUGCCGGCGGGUUACCCCGCGCACCCCUACCACCGGGCCCCGCCGCCUCUGCUGCCCCCGGGGAUGCCCCUGCCCUACACCUCCGCCGCCUCCUUCCAGAGCCUCCUGGCCAACAUCUCGGCGGCCCAGCGGCCGAAGCUGCUGCGGACGUCGCCGCCGCCCCCGCCCCCGCCGACCGCCCCGGCGAUCGGCCUGCCGCCGCCACCCCCGCCCGCCGCCCCCUCCCCGCAGGGCUCGCCGCCCGCCGGAAGCGCCACCGCCCUCCCCGACAUCGACCGGCGGACCAACAGCAUCGCCUCUCUGCGGCUCAAGGCCCGCGAGUACGAGCUGCACCUGGAGAUGCUGCGCAAGAACGGGGAUCUCAUCAGCUGAGGCGCCGUCCUCCCCGGGACGAGACCCGAGGCCGGCCGGCCCGAGGUCGGAUCUUGUAGGGUCUUCGGUGACGUUAGAAAAUUCGGAGAUUUAGACCCGUUCCUCGUUUUGGGCCCGCUGUGGAAGCGGGGAGGAGGGACUGCGAUUUCCUGAGGAAUCGCUAGUAUCGAUUCCAGCGGAUCGUCCUCCUUGGAAGGACCAAAACGGAGAACGCUCUGCCCUCGCGAAGUUGGUGUACCGAGUGGACCGA